CUGAGGGGUCUCUCCGCGAUGGCGGCGCCGUGAGGGGAAGGAGGAAGAUGGCGGAGGAGAAGAAGCUGAAGCUGAGCCACACGCUGCUGCCCGCCGAGUCCAUGAAGGUGAUGGCGGAGGCCAUGGGCAUCGGGCAGGUCCCGGAGGAGAGCUGCCAGCUGCUGGCCGAGGAGGCGAGCUACCGCCUCAAGGAGAUCGCGCAGGACGCGCUCAAGUUCAUGCACAUGGGCAAGCGCCGCCGCCUGACGCCGGGGGACGUGGACCUGGCGCUGAAGCUGAAGAACGUGGAGCCCCUGUACGGGUUCCAGGCCCAGGAGUUCCUCCCGUUCCGCUUCGCCAGCGGCGGCGGCCGCGAGCUUUACUUCUAUGAGGAGAAGGAGGUGGAGCUGAGCGACAUCAUCAACACCCCCCUGCCCCGCGUCCCGCUCGACGUCUGCGUCAAGGCUCACUGGCUCAGUAUUGAGGGGGUGCAGCCCGCCAUCCCUGAGAACCCCCCUCCUGCCCCCAAGGAGCAGCAGAAGGCGGAGGCCACCGAGCCCCUCAAGUCAACCAAGCCAGGGCAGGAGGAGGAUGGGGCCCUGAAGGGCAAAGGCCAAAGCGUGGCCACCGUGGAUGGCAAAGGCAAGGAGAAGAAGUCCCCGUUGCUGGAGGGGGCCCCCGUGCGCCUCAAGCCCCGCAGCGUGCACGAGCUCUCGGUGGAGCAGCAGCUUUACUACAAGGAGAUCACCGAGGCCUGCGUGGGCUCCUGCGAGGCCAAGCGAGCCGAGGCCCUGCAGAGCAUCGCCACCGACCCGGGCCUCUACCAGAUGCUGCCGCGCUUCAGCACCUUCAUCUCGGAGGGGGUGCGGGUCAAUGUGGUGCAGAACAACCUGGCCCUGCUCAUCUACCUCAUGCGCAUGGUGAAGGCGCUCAUGGACAACCCCACCUUGUACCUCGAGAAAUACCUGCACGAGCUCAUCCCCGCGGUGCUCACCUGCAUCGUGAGCCGCCAGCUCUGCCUGCGCCCGGACGUCGACAACCACUGGGCCCUGCGGGACUUCGCCGCCCGCCUCGUGGCGCAGCUCUGCAAGAACUUCAGCACCACCACCAACAACGUCCAGAGCCGCAUCACCAAGACCUUCACCAAGAGCUGGGUGGACGACAAGACCCCCUGGACCACGCGCUACGGCUCCAUCGCAGGCCUGGCUGAGCUGGGCCAUGACGUCAUCAAGACCCUGAUCCUGCCGCGCCUGCAGGUGGAGGGGGAGCGGCUCCGGAGCAUCCUGGAGGGCCCCGUGCUCAGCACCAUCGACAAGAUCGGGGCCGACCACGUCCAGAGCCUGCUGCUGAAGCACUGCGCCCCGGUGCUGGCCAAGCUGCGGCCCCCCCCGGACCAGCCCGACUCCUAUAGGGCAGACUUCGGGUACCUGGGGGCCCUGCUCUGCUCCCACGUGGGCAAAGCCCGGGCGCAGGCGGCCCUGGCGGCCCAGCAAGUGAAUAGAACCACACUGACCAUCACCCAGCCCCGCCCCACGCUGACGCUGUCCCAGCCCCCCCCGGCCGUGCCAGGGGCCCCCCCCCCGCGCCCCCCCGGGCUGCUGAAGGUCCCAGGAGCCAUCGCGGUGCCCGUGGGGGGGGCACGGGGGGGGGGCCCCCAGCCCUCGCCCCCCCCCAAGUUCAUCGUCAUGGGAGCGGGAGCCGGGCAACAGGUGCUCACGUUCAGCACCAGCCCCGCCCCCACCGCCACGUCUCCGGUGAGCACCAGCGCCCCCAGCGUGCAGCCCGUGGUCAAACUGGUCUCGGCCGCCCCCACGGUGCCCAGCGCCACGGUGAGCGCCGUUGCCGGCAGCGUGCAGAAAUACAUCGUGGUGUCCCUGCCCCCCCCCGGCGACACCAAACCCCCCCCAACCCCCACCCCCACCGCCCCACCCCCCCCCGGCCCGCAGCCCUCCCCCCCCGCUGCCCUCACCCCCAAACCAGAGCCUGGGGACAGCCCCCAGGGGGACGCGCAGUGA